UCCAACUCCGACGCUCACACUCUCUCACUUCACCAACGAAAGGAAAGGGCUUUUGGCCUGUCCACCGCCCCCGCGGACCCUUUUAUCUCUCUCUCUCUCUCCCUCUCUCUCUCUCUCUCUCUGUUCUGAGUUUCUCUCUCUUACCCUCCGAAGAGAGAAAACCAAACCAGACCAGGAAAUCCGAAUCCGAAUAUUUGGAUCCGUUUUUUCGUUCAGGAUUUAAAUCCAAUUCAACAGGAUUCAGCGUCUGUUUUCGCUGAGUCUUUCGUUGUUGUUGUUGUUGUUCUUUGAUUGGAAGGCUGAGACUCUUCAGGAGAUUAAGAUCGAGGUAUGCAGCAGGGUGAUCAACCGGUGUUGAACUUGAGACCUGGUGGCGGUCGCGGUAGACUCCUUGGUCCUCGCUUCGACUCCUCAUCCACCGCUACCGGCCCGUCGUCUUCAUCGUCGUCUUCUUUGGCUUUCGGUUCCUUUUCUUCUGAUGUCCCUCUACUCCGUCCCCAUGGCGGCGCUCCCCCCAAUUUCUCUAUCAAGGCUGGAGACGCACGGUUUGAGGGUCGUGAGCGAGUGAAGUACACCAGAGACCAGAUCUUACAGCUUAGAGAGGCUGUUGAGGUCCCUGAUGAAAUUUUAAAAGUGAAACAAGAAGUUGACGCUGAAUUUUUUGGCGGUGAAGACCAGAGCUGGGGUCGUGCAGAAACCAAUCUGCCAGCUCAAUCUCCAACUCCAGCUCCAGCUCAAAAUCGUUAUUCUGAGCCGGACAGCCGGGAUUGGCGUGGCCGUUCUGCACCAGUUCCUACCACUGGAGAGGAACGGUCUUGGGAUACUCUUCGGGAGAAUAAAGAGUCUGGUAAUCGGUUUGAUUACAGACAGCAAGAAGCAAAUCAGUCUCAAUUUUCAAGGACACAGAACCAAGAGGGAGGGCCUGCUCCCACUUUAAUCAAAGCUGAGGUUCCAUGGUCAGCUAGAAGGGGUACUCUAUCUGAUAAGGAUCGCGUGUUGAAGACUGUGAAGGGGAUUCUAAACAAGCUGACUCCGGAGAAGUUUGAUCUCCUCAAAGGACAACUUAUAGACUCUGGCAUUACUUCGGCUGAUAUCUUAAAGGGUGUUAUUUCACUGAUAUUUGAUAAGGCCGUGCUAGAACCUACAUUUUGCCCCAUGUAUGCUCGUCUCUGUUUUGAUCUGAGUGAAAAGCUUCCCCGGUUCCCCUCAGAUGAACCAGAUGGUAAAGAAAUCACUUUCAAGCGGGUCCUCUUGAAUAACUGCCAGGAAGCUUUUGAUGGCGCUGACAAAUUGAGGGAAGAAGUGAGACAGUUGACUGCCCCUGAACAAGAGAUGGAGCGUAGGGAUAAAGAAAGAUUGGCCAAGAUUCGUACGCUGGGAAACAUUCGUUUAAUUGGAGAGCUUCUGAAGCAGAAGAUGGUACCUGAAAGGAUUGUACAUCACAUUGUUAAGGAGCUCUUAGGAUCUGAUAACAAAGUUUGUCCUGCUGAGGAAAAUGUGGAAGCAAUAUGUCAUUUUUUUAGCACUAUUGGAAAGCAGCUUGAUGAGAAGCCAAAAUCACGCAGUAUAAAUGACAUGUACUUCAGCCGAAUGAAGGAACUGACAACAAACCCUCAAUUGGCUCCAAGGUUGAGGUUCAUGGUUCGUGAUGUAAUUGAUUUGCGUUCCAACAACUGGGUUCCCAGGCGUGAAGAGAUAAAAGCCAAAACCAUCACUGAAAUACAUACGGAGGCAGAAAAAAAUCUUGGAUUGCGUCCGGGUGCUACUGCGAGCAUCCGAAGUGGUCGUAACAACGUUUCUGGUGCUCAAGGGAGUACCAGCCCUGGAGGAUAUCCCAACAACCGACCUGGUUCAGGGGGUAUGAUGCCCGGGAUGCCAGGAACAAGGAAGAUGCCUGGGAUGCCUGGAAUGGAUAAUGACAAUUGGGAGGUUCAGAGGACACGGUCAAUGCCAAGGGGUGAUGGGUUUGGUGUGCAGCCGGGUGGUGGGCAUGGCCAGGUGCUGUUGGUUGGAAAAUCAACAUCAGUGAACACAAGGCUGUUACCUCAGGGUAGUGGUGUCCUUGGCAGUGGCAGGCCUAGUGCCUUGUUGCAGGGUAGUGGUGCCCCUCCUGCUUGUCCAUCCAACUAUGCUUACGGUGCAGAGCCUGUAGCUCAAGUGCCAGUGCCUGCUAGACCUGUUGCUGCUCCUUACGUGGCACCAGUUGUUGGAAAGCCACAAGCUCCAGCUCCAACUGCGGCUCCAAAGUUGAAACCAGAUGAACUUAGGAGAAAAACAAUCUCCCUUUUUGAGGAAUAUUUCAAUAUCGGACUCUUAGAUGAAGCAUUACUGUGCGUGGAGGAGCUACAAUCUCCAGCUUACCACGCCGAGGUUGUCAAGGAAGGCAUCGCCCUUGCACUAGAGAAGAGUCGACCAUGUGUUGAACCACUUGUGAAGCUUCUUGAGUAUUUGUUUUCUAAGAAGGUGCUUACGACUAGUGACGUAAGGAGUGGAUGUUUACUCUAUGCAUCUAUUCUGAACGAUGUUGGCAUUGACCUGCCAAAAGCACCAAGUAACUUUGGUCAAAUUAUAGGGAAAUUAGUCUUGGUUGGAGGUUUGGAUUUCAAGGUGGUGAAGGAGGUCCUGAAGGCGGUGGACGACUACUACUUCCAGAAAGCUAUAUGGGAUGCUGCACUGAAGAUCGUUAGCUCUAGUCCGUCAGGACAAGGCCUGUUGGAUUCACAAGCAUCUGAUAUUGACGCUUGCCGGAGUCUAUUCUACAAAGCGGCCUAGGACAUCUUUGCAUGCACGAACACGCUCGAGUUUCUGUAACCAUGUGGGACUACGUUCGCCCUCUUUUUUGGGUGAGUGAUUUGUAUUACACACUACAUGAUGUGAUAAGGUAGGGAUGCCAAGGGACAAGACAGGUACUAUUUAUUUGAGUUGUAUAUUUUCCGAGGUCAUAGUUAGUGUGGGUUUAAGGAGGAGGGAAGUCGAAAUCAUAACGCGAAGGACUUUGCUCUCGAGACAUGGGAUGGCUAAUCGCGUGCUAAAUUUGCUCGAGAGUGGCCCCUCGAAGGAUCCCGUUGUUUUUGUACUCGAUGAGUUGUUUUUGUCAAUUUAUUUAUCUUCUUGACUGAUUAAUUUUAGUUCAAUGUCGAACCUGGCUAGCUCAUAAAAUGCCUUGUCUUUGUACUCCCACUGUGAAAGGAAAUCGAUAUGGUUUUGAGCUUAUUCCUUGAA